AUGGAUAGAGUACGCUCUUUAAUUGGGAACCACCGGGGGCGUGCACGCAAUCGUCAUCAUCAUUCAUACUCACACAAUAGUUCUCCAUCGACAACAAACCUGUUGCAAGCUGAUGGUUAUAGGGACGACCAAUCCACGAUAUCUACGAUAUUCGCACAAGAAAAUGAUCUUCUGGAAACAGUUGCCAACGAGGGGGGUGAUAUUUCGGAUACGGCCACUUUAAAUACUGCGGUAUCGGAAGGCUCAACAAUUGGUGACCUGGAAAGACAAGGUUAUGUUAACAGAGCUCCAAGGUUUACAUCAGAAAGGACCAUGCCUUUUAUUUCAGUUUUAUUACAACGGGGUUUUUUUGCAUUUCCCAGUGAAGAAUCUUUUCAGUUGUUUUUACAAAACAAGAGGAAACUUGAUAACAUUGAUACAAAGACAGGUCUAGGACUUCCGCUAUUUCACGCAAUUCCUUUGAACUUGGUCAAAUCCCUUUUCAGUAAUCAGGAUACACCGGUAAUGAGAAUUUAUAAGUACAUUAUAAUAGACUCUCAAUGCGAAAAGCCUCCACUAAACUCAGAAGUGAUUUCCAAAAUAAAUGAAAAGGUGUCCAUAUAUAAGUAUGAAUUCUGCACGAUUUUAAAAAAAAUGGAAAGCCAUAACUAUUCAAGUAGGGUAGAACACGAUUUCAUAUUUCAUAGAAAGAAUGUGCCUGAUGUCCAUAUUCCCAUGAUAAAUUACAACCAAAGAAAGAAUGCAGAUACAGCAGUUCACGGAUUAAACCUUCGGUGGUAUGGAACAACUAGUUUAGCUUCCCCAUUCGGCUCCAACAGCAUCAAUCUGCUUGUUCUAGAUGAUACCAUGGCAUCUUAUAUGGACCAACACACUAUAGAAGAAUUUGAUUUCCAUUAUCGUUCCCGUCCCACAAGACCUUUAGGUUAUGUCCCAGUGUGGGCGAGGUAUACGGAUGAUAAAGUUAGUGUCAUACCGAAAAAAAGAACUUUGAGGGUGGCUACUUUUUACCUACAAGAGACUGAUUUAUUCGAUGAUAGCUCCAGCUUAACAAAUACUGUGCCGUACACCAGUAAUAGCGAAAUGAGUUCCAACAUCAUUGACAAAGUGCCAUGGGAUAGUCAGGUGUUGACUUGUAUGUGCAUGCUUUUACAUGAAUACGAAUCACGAAAGGAAAAACGACACAGUGCAUGGGGUAGCACGACUACAUAUAUGUUGAAUGGGCCAGCAGGGCUGCUCAUGUAA